UGAUUACGUGUGGCGCUGUUGCCGUUCAGGAGGAGAGCGAGUAUGAAGCUGCGUGACACAGAAGUCCGACUGGAACUUAAACUUUAAACGGUGGAACUACUGGAUGCGUAUAGAAAUAAACUUUUACGGAAGCAAAGGACUUGAUGCUUUUGAAAAGCUGUCGUCCUGACAACAGUGGGCAGUCUUGCAGACAGAGAAUCACGGAUCCGGAGUAAACAUCAAAGAGGCGCUUUGCAAAGUCCACCAUACAGUUUGCGUGAGUUUGGUUCGCUCUCUGGCUAAACCUGUCUACUGGAGGGAGUUAACUGUUAUUCUGCUUGUGCUGCGCGCUCUCGUUGUUCCGAAUUAUGGCGCUGAGAGCGAAGGCGUUGUAUGACUUUAAUUCCGAAAAUCCUGGGGAGAUUUCAGUCAAGGAAAACGAAAUCGUGACUUUAUAUAGCGAACAAGAUAUAGAGGGCUGGUUGGAGGGCGUGAAUAGCAAAGGAGAGAGGGGGCUCUUCCCUGCUUCUUAUGUUGAGAUUCUCAGGAACGACCCAACCCCUCCGUACAGCAACAGCACAUCUGGGGAUGGGUACCAAGCACAAGGAACAAGGUAUGCCAACAUUCCCACUGGUGGCUUCGAUGGUUCGUACAAAAGCCAGACUCAGGUCGAUAACUUAACUAAAACGCCAGCUUCCAAUUUUGCUACGUUUAAUGCUCCGGCUCAGCAGCAGCAGAAUUAUCCAAUCAGCCAAGGGAGUGACGACGAUUGGGACGACGACUGGGAUGACAGUUCAACAGUUGCGGACGAACCGGGGGUUGUUGGGGGAAGUUUACAAGACUAUGAUGGCAAUGGACCAUCCACUUACAGGGUUUCAACUUCUUCAAUGGCGCGUGGUGGGAACGCGCAACAUGCAAAAAGUUCGGCAACUGUCGGCAGAAACCUCAAUAGGUUCUCUACUUUUGUGAAGUCUGGCGGGGAAGCGUUUGUUCUUGGGGAAGCGUCGGGCUUUGUGAAGGACGGGGACAAAAUUUGCGUCGUAAUGGGACUGUAUGGGCCAGAGUGGCAGGAGAACCCCUACCCAUUUUCGUGCACCAUUGACGACCCCACCAAACAAACCAAAUUCAAAGGAAUGAAAAGUUACAUUUCGUACAAGCUCACACCCACCCACACACAGAACCAAGUGAACAGGCGAUACAAGCAUUUUGACUGGCUAUAUGCUAGGCUGGUGGAGAAAUUUCCCGUUAUUUCGGUCCCGCACAUCCCAGAGAAGCAGGCCACUGGAAGAUUUGAAGAAGAUUUCAUUUCCAAGAGAAGAAAGGGUUUAAUAUGGUGGAUGAACCAUAUGACAAGCCACCCGGUCUUGGCCAGGUGCGAUGUAUUCCAGCACUUCCUCUCGUGCUCGGACGAAAAGGCCUGGAAACAGGGGAAGAGAAAGGCGGAGAAGGACGAGAUGGUGGGAGCUAAUUUCUUCCUCACCAUCAGCACCCCGGCUGCCCCACUUGACUUACAAGAAGUGGAGAGCAAAAUCGACGGGUUCAAAGCUUUCACGAAAAAGAUGGACGACAGUGUGCUGCAUGUCAAUGCCACCAUCAACGAAUUUGCCAGGAAACAGAUAACGGGAUUUAAGAAAGAGUACCAGAAAGUUGGACAGUCUUUCAAGGCUCUCGGUCAGGCUUUUGAGCUUGACCAGCAGGCAUACUCUGUCGGUUUGAACCAGGCGAUCGCAUACACUGCUGAAGCUUAUGAUGCCAUUGGAGACUAUUUUGCAGAACAGCCAAGACAGGACCUGGAUCCCGUGAUGGAUCUGUUAGCGCUUUACCAAGGGCAUCUGGCUAACUAUCCAGAUAUAAUUCAUGUUCAGAAAGGAGCUCUGACGAAGGUCAAGGAAAGCCAGAAGCACGUGGAAGAGGGCAAGAUGGAGGGGCCCCAGGCGGAUGGUGUCCACGAGCGCUGCAACAUCAUCUCCUUCGCCACGCUGGCCGAGAUCCAGCACUUCCACCAGACCCGGGUGCGCGACUUCAAGGCCCAGAUGCAGCACUACCUGCAGCAGCAGAUCGGAUUCUUCCAGAAGAUCACCGGCAAGCUGGAGGAAGCCCUGCACAAGUACGACAACGCUUAGGCCCCGCCCACCUCCCGGAUCCCACAGGCGGAUUUAGCGAGCACAGCUUCAGCGAUGUAAUCCAGAGGGAAGGGGAGGAAGUGCUUCCCUUACCCACCACGUUCAUGGGAGCUCUCCUCCGGGAAACUUCAACUCCAGUUUUUUUUUUUCAGCCUCAUUUUUAACCACUGAUGUUCCGAAAGGCCAGCGAGUUCUUAAGACACACAAUAAAACGGUGCCACAUGAACCCUUUCCAAAAAUGGGACAGAAUACUUCUCUAGGGCAGGAGGGGGUCUUGGCCUUGCUGGGGAUUAACUUUCAGCUGCAAAAUAUUCAUUUUAAAGGGUGGGGUUAAAAAAAAAAAAAACACCACCAUAUUUGGUAGGUGUAGACGAGGCAAGAGGGUGGGUAUUAGGUUUUUUUUUAUACAAAAUCCUCUUAGAAAAAAAUUAUAUUGUGCAAGCAAAUCAUACCAUUGCUUAGACUACCAAUGUAAUUAAGGACUGUAUGUUUUAAUCCUUUUGUGAAAAAUGUUUUUAAUAUUGAGUACUACUCCAGCCUCCAGCGGGGUGCUGUUCUUUUCAUUGCCUUUAACCUGAGUACAACCUGAGCCCUCAACGGCUGUACAAAUCUAAGGCAGUAUGUUUACAGUUUCCUAGCCCAGCAGCUAUAGCCACUUCCUUGUGCCUUUACACCCUGUAUGUAUGGUAUAUUCUCCAACUAAAAAAAGGUCAGUGAUAGUUGAUCCGUUUUCCAAACUGAGGAAUUCACUCCACUAAUAUCGCAGGAGAGUGACUUGACCGUGCGAGUUGUGCCGGUUUGGAAUGGCGCUUGGCGGUCGGCGCUUGGCGGCCCGUGCUGUUCUUUGUGCUUGUCCGGUUACAUUUCUUUCAGCCCUCUCGUCCCCGUGGAGACGAAGAUAGAAGGUGUUCCCCGAAGGAUCGCGAGUUCAUUCCUCGGAAUUCUGGAAAACUUGGACCGGAGCGAGUGUGAGACACGGACAAAAAAAAAAGAAAGAAAUACGGGAGGAGGACAGGAAAUCAUCAGUGACAUCAGUGGGGGAAGUGUCAACACUACGGCGUGCAUUUCGUUCCCCACGGUGAACCUGCGAUCACACUGGCCGUUGGAUGCACGCGAUACUGAAUUUGCGCAAAGACGUCGAUCGGGAUUUUUUUACGCAACGUAACGCCGAGGAACGGUACGGGCAGGGAUCCGCGCUCGGGAUCCAGGACAGGAUCCGGUUCCCUUUGAGUGGUUCGUUCACAUUUGGACAUUGCAGCUCCUUGCUCAAGUGUUACCUUAGCCUGUUGUGCAGGGGACUUCAAGCCUGAUCUAGUGUAGAGAUGGGUAAUUGAUGGCGAAAUAAACUCCUCCUUCACAAA